AUGUCUCUUCUGCUUCCGAUCUAUCCUCCGUCACCGUCACCUCUCCAUUCAUUAGCCAGAAGCUACAGAUGGUUACCGGUUCGAACCGGAUCAAAACCGGUUUGUUUGGCAGUGACCAGAGCCCAAACUAGCAGUGGUGAUCAAGAGCAGGAUGUAGUGAUUGUUGGCGCCGGGAUUGGCGGACUUGCCACCGCCGUUUCUCUUCACCGGCUCGGGAUCCGGUCGGUGGUGCUGGAGCAGGCAGAGUCACUUCGGACCGGAGGAACAUCGCUGACGCUAUUCAAGAACGGGUGGCGCGUUCUGGACUCAAUCUCCGUUGGGCCUCAACUCCGAACGCAGUUCCUCGAAAUCGAAGGGAUGGUAGUGAAGAAGGAAGAUGGAAGAGAGCUUCGUUCUUUCAAAUUCAAAGAUGAAGAUCAAAGCCAAGAAGUUCGAGCGGUGGAGAGACGAGUACUCCUGGAAACACUUGCAAGCCAGCUGCCUCCACAAACCAUUCGCUUUUCUUCAAAACUGAAAACUAUACAAAGCAAUGCCAACGGUGACACUCUCCUGCAGCUUGAAGAUGGAAGCCAGUUGCUUGCAAAGAUUGUUAUUGGUUGUGACGGUAUCAGGUCCAAGGUCGCGACUUGGAUGGGGUUCAGUGAGCCGAAAUACGUUGGUCACUGCGCUUUCCGUGGCCUUGGGUUCUAUCCAAAAGGACAGCCAUUUCAGAGAAAAGUGAACUACAUAUACGGAAGAGGGCUUCGAGCUGGAUAUGUACCUGUAUCUGCAACAAAAGUCUACUGGUUCAUCUGUUUCAACAGCCCAUCUCUAGGACCGAAAAUCACUGAUCCUGCCAUCCUUAAAAAGCAAGCCAAAGAACUGGUUAGUACAUGGCCUAAGGAUCUUCAAGACCUCAUCGAUCUAACACCUGAUGAAACAAUCAGCAGAACUCCUCUUGUAGACCGGUGGCUAUGGCCUGGCGUCGCUCCUCCGGCGUCAAAAGGCCGAGUGGUUCUUGUCGGAGAUGCUUGGCACCCAAUGACUCCAAACCUUGGUCAAGGUGCUUGCUGUGCCUUGGAGGAUUCGGUUGUUCUCGCGAAUAAACUUGCCGGUGCAAUCAACGGAAGGGCUGAGUCAGUCGAAGGGGCGAUGGAAUCGUAUGGGAGCGAGAGAUGGUCUCGUGCGUUUCCUUUGACAGUACGUGCAAAUCUAGUUGGAGCAUUACUGCAAUGGGACAAUCCACUUGUGUGUUUCGUUAGAGACAAUGUUGUCAUACCGAAGCUAUUGAGGCUUGGACCAAUGCUGGAACACACAAACUUUGAGUGUGAGCCUCUCUAUGCUUCAAAAACUUGA